AUGACGUAUGAAAUCUUGAUUUUGAUAGAUUUCCAGAAGAAGCAGCCAGAUGAUGACUCUACUCCCAGCACAAGCAACAGCCAGUCAGAUAUGUUCUCUGGAGAAACAAACAGCGACAACAGCAAUACCUCUCUAACCACGCAGGCCGCUAACUCCAACCAGCAACAUUUGACAGAACUGAAUGUAACUUCACCCAGCAAAGAGGAAUGUGGGCCAUGCACAAGUACAGCUCAUGCCUCGUUAACCACACCAACCAAAAGAUCUUGCGACUCAGAUUCACAGUCGGAGAGUGAGGCUUCUCCUGUGAAACGGCCACGGCUACUGGAUGACAGUAAUGACAGACCUGAAGAAACCAGUCGAUCCAAACAGAAGAGUAGACGCCGAUGCUUCCAGUGCCAAACAAAACUGGAGCUAGUACAGCAGGAACUGGGAUCGUGUCGCUGUGGUUAUGUGUUCUGUAUGUUACAUCGCCUGCCUGAACAACAUGACUGCACAUUUGACCACAUGGGACGCGGGCGUGAGGAAGCCAUUAUGAAAAUGGUGAAACUGGAUCGGAAAGUAGGGAGAUCUUGCCAACGCAUUGGCGAAGGAUGUUCCUGAGUGCAAGACUGCAACCAAAUGCUGUUCUCUUAGUUCACUAAUGUUAGCCUUAUUUAGGACAAAGUCAGCCAGACACCUUGUACUAGGCAAGUUUCAGACUACAGCCAAUCAGUUUCCUUUCUUUAGCCAACCGUCCUGGUACUGUAGUUUAGGGGUUGAUGGUGGUUGAAAUUGAUUUCUGGCUGGUUACUAAGGUGCCUGCUAGCCACCGUAUAAAAAAUAAACGAUGACGAAAUAUUACUUUUGAGCAUGGCUAGUGGAUUUAAACAAAACAAGAAAAAUCCAAAGGCUUCUGUUAUUGCUGGAGUCACUCUAAAAGCCUUACGCUGGAAACAUUCCAGCUGCAGAGUUAAAACAAGUAGUUGUAUAGAAGCUGGUGUAAAAGUUUGCUAUGCACAUGGCUUUCGGACAAACUGUUUAAUGUGCAGCCUUUCACCUCUUCACUGCUAGUGAAUCCUGAGGAGGUGAAAUACUACUAAGAGCAGCAACUGCAGCUGCUUAAGCCCAGAAGACCUGACUGGUCACUCGUGCCUUCAUCGCGUGUGGCUUUUGAGUUAGGCAGUGUCACCAGCAUCAGGGAUUCUGCUGGGGUAGGAACAUCUUUCUGGUUCUGCCCAGGAAGCCAAAAAGAAAAGGGGACAGAGAUUCUUAUGAAAAAUUUUUAUAUCUAUCUUACUGUAAAGAACCUAUCAGGGUUUGUUUGGUUUUGGUUUGUUUUUGGUUUUUUUUCUUUCUUCUCAGUUAAAUUAUGAUCUCACUUUAAAGCCAACUCCAUCCCAGAGCAGGAAAUGGUGCAUACUUUUUACAAGGCAUCCACAGAGAUCUACGAGUUGUGUGAACAGAUUCCACAUACCUUGAGCAGUGCAGCCAUUCCCACCCGCCGAAACCUGAUUGGCUCUUGUUUGCCUUUUGCUAAGUGCAGGUAUCUGAUAAUUGAUCAAAUAAGGCUAAUUCACAGCACAGUAGCCAUGGCUGGAUUCUACAGACUGACUUUCUGUAGCUAGACUUAUAUAUUGGGGACAAAAAAGGACAUUUUGUAGCAAACGGAAUUCAGUAACAGUAUUGGGGAACAACCGGUAAGACACCCUUUAUCAGUUCGAGUUUGUGUUCCUCGCUUCCAGAGUGUCAAUGAGAUAAUCAGAUGGGCUAUAUCAGCCCUGGUUCUAUGCAGCUGAACGCUCUCAUCGAAGUCUCUGCCCGCAUCUAUUGCAAAGCAAGUAUAGCAAGUGAAUAUGAAAAGCAUUACAUGG